GCAGAAUUGAGACGGAACAUUUAAUGAUGGAACUAUUAGUUCCAUCCGGUGAACGUUUUCGCUGACGGACCAGAAAAUUACAUAUUUGUAAACAGAUUCAGUGAAUCUUCAUAUUGACCCCUUUUGUUGACAUCAUCACCCAAUGUGGAGGAGGAGCAUUCUUCUUUGUUACACACAUCCAUAUGUGGAGUCAUGUGAAAGCUCUUUCUCUCUCUCACACACACAGCACCACAGUUCUUCAAGUGUGUGUGUGUAUCGGCCUGUGUAAGAAAAACAGUGCCACCCAAAACUGUGCCAUGAGAAUUUCUGGCAAAGGCCAGACCUACUCCUCUUACUGUGCCAAUCUCUAGCAUUAACUCAAUAGGAUCAUCCGCCUCUAGCUAGUUGAUUAACAGAGCUGUGUUAAAGAGGGAUUGUUGUCCUGGAAGGAGCUUCCUGCCCUCGAGGAACACCAUCCGCUUAGACUGCCUCCCUCUGGGGCUCAGACGGCAGAUGCUUCACCUGCAAGUUCCAGAGCCACCCCGCCCCAUAGAGGACCACCCCACCCCAUAGAGGACCAUCCCGCCCCAUAGAGGACCACCCGCCUGCCCUAACAGCCUCUAGGAGGGACCCACCCCGGGAGCACCAUGGAAGGGCUGGAGGUGGAGGACAUUAGUCCUGCCCUGGAGGCCACUGAGGACUUCCUACACUGCCUGGAUGGGGGUGGAGGCCAAAGCCACUGCCAGGGUGGGGAUGGGUUCCGGCAGCCUAGGCAACACCACCCCAAGUUGCAGGAGAUGUCUGCAGCCCUGGGGAAGCUGAGCUCUAGCGGGGUGUGGGGCCUGCUGGCCAGGGAGCAGGGGACCGAGGUGUCCCCCCGUAACGUGGCCUGGGCUGACCAGCCCUCUGCCUUCAGCGUGCUGGCUCUGAGGCAGGGGAAAAGGAGUCGUGCUCGUUCCACCAACGACUUGGCUGCCCACACCAAGGACACCAACAACACCACCUCUAACUCCUCCAACACCGCCUUUAAGAAAGGCCACAACCGCUCACGUUCUGAUGUCAACUACCGGCCGUCCUACACAGACAACGCUAAUGGCCUGCCUGCUGUGGACAAGAACAUGCUGAAGAACAUUGCUCUCAACGACCAGAGAGAAGAAGCCCAUAAGGACAGUAGCAGCGGCAGUGUGGUGAAGCAGGGCUCCCUGGAGCAUCGUGAGGGUCAGAAGGGUCGUUGGAGCAUCUGCCACCUAGAGCUGACCCCCUGUGAGCUGCGUCUCUACAGCCUGGACAGCAGUGGUAACCGCCAGCUCUGCACCGCCUACUCCCUGUCCCACUGCCAGGGGGUUAGCCAGCCCCAGCCACCACAGGACGGACGAGUCCUCCAGGCCCUCUUCUUCAACAGCUCCACCCGCCUGCAGUUACGUGCCGCCUGCCAGUGGGAGGCGCUAGACUGGAGGAGGCAGAUCUGGGAGAGAGUAUUGGCUGCCCGGCCCGCCCACAAACAGGCAGAGCCGCCUCCAGUCUUAUCUCCGUCGUCAUCCAUCUCCUCUGGAGGUCUCGACACCAGACCAGACCCCAUUGGUCCUGCUGAGGCUGCCCUGACCCCUCAUACCUCGCAUCUCCCCCCAGCCCGGCCCACGGCCCUGCCCCUGUUCACCAAGCGCUGUGCUGAUGUCCUUAAGGUGGGUCUGCUCCACCAGCAGACUGACCUCAACAACUGGAGGGCUUUCACCUUUGUGCUGAGUCGUUCCACGCUGCAGGCCUUCCCAACCGAGGGCCGGGGGCCCGUGUCCGAGCCUGUCCUCCGCUACCCGCUGGCCUCCUGCCUGGCUGUGCAGAGGGACGAGGGGUCCAGCGCCGCCCGUUUCCAGGCAGUCUUCCCCAGAGAGGUGCUCCGUCUGCGGGCUGAGAGCCAACUCAAGGCCCAGGACUGGGUGGAGGCCCUGCGGACGGCCGUGGCGGCCCAGAGGCCCCAGGGGGAGGAGGGUCAGGGCUCCAGCCAGGCCCAGCCAGGUGCAGUGUCGAUGGGGACGGGGGUGCUGCUGAGGACCAAGCCCUCCAGGGAGAGGAGGCAGAGGGAUGCCCAGAGGGCCAAGAGACAGUCAGUCACCACCAGCUUCCUCAGUAUCCUCACCUGCCUGGCUGUGGAGAAGGGCCUGACCACCCAGAGCUUCAGGUGUGCAGGGUGUCAGAAGCCAGUAGGGUUGUCGCGGGGCAAGGCCAAGGUGUGUUGCUACAGUGGCUGGUACUACUGCCAGAGCUGUCAUCAAGACAACCUGUUCCUCAUCCCUGCCCGCCUGCUGCACAACUGGGACACAAACAGACACAAGGUGUCCAAGCAGGCCAAGGAGUUCCUGGAGUUUGUGUAUGAGGAACCCCUGCUGGACGUGCAGCAGCUGAACCCGUGUCUGUAUGAACACUGUGAGGGCCUGGCUGCAGUACUGCGCCUGAGACAGCAGCUCCAGUCCCUCAGAGCAUACCUGUUCAGCUGCCGCGCUGCCGUGGCCGAGGAUCUCCGUAGAAGUGAGUGUGUAGGUUGGUGUAGACUGCAGACAUCCCAGGUUCACCUGUCCUUUUGAUGUCUGUCUCUGCUGUGCUGAGGUCUGUUUGAAGUAACCUACUGACAGAAACCAACAGAGAGGGUGGGGCUCUGAGACCCUCCUACUCCUCCACACCCACCCUGGGCCCUCAGAGCCAUCCCAUCUGGCUGUCGGAAAGAGGGUGUAACUUCAUCUAGCUGGGAUGUUUACGGCAGUGGUGGCGACCCCGGAACGAUGCUCGCUCACCGGGGCCCAUGUUUACCGCUACACCAUUAGCCCACAGCGGCUAAUGCCCCACACUUCAAAACACUACAGGAUUAAUGAGGCCGGAGGCGCUAAAACCUUCCCCCGGCCAUCCAUCGGCCCUCCAUAGGCCUGCCAUGGCCCUGGACAAGGCUAAAGGGCUAGGGAGCUCGGAGGAAGCCUGCCCUGUGUUUAUACUCAACCCCUGGGAGAUGGGAGAGAGCUGUCAUGGCCCACACUGUCUGCGCUGAUCUAACGCACACCUCUGAACCCCACGGGUACCCCACAUACACAGACACACAGAAACGCUGCACGUGUGGAUAGUCUACACACAUACAUAUGAACACAGGCAUGCACCAUACUGUUUACAGUGUACAACACUUUAUCUCCUAUUCACAUAAGCCAAAGUCAUAACCUCCAUUAAACAGUGAACCUGUUGUAUUCAAUAUAUAAUAGUUGUAGUCUUAUCAAACCACACACUGACUGACUGGCUGUGAUCUUACCCCAGCAGGGUGUGCUGGUCGGUUACUGCCAGAGCCAGCGCUGAUACCCACAGGAAGAGUCAACACUGCAGAAUCAACACUGUGUGUGUGUGUGAGUGAGUGUGUGUGUGUGUGUGUUUUCAAAUAAAAUGUUAUUGGUCACAUACACAUGGUUAGCAGAUGUUAA